AUGGCAGAAAUUUUUCCAUCAUUUAUAAAACCUCAAGCCCAAGCUCAAGAUAGUAGCUUUAAUUGGUUUUCCAGUAGUUCAUCAAGCGAUAGCAAUAAUAACAAUGAUAAUAGUUUAAAUAGUAGUAGUUAUCAUGAUGAUGAUAAAAAUAGAAAUGUUGGAUUAGCAAUUGCUUUAUAUAUAUUUGUAUUUGUAUUUAUUGUAGUGGCAUUAAUUGUAUCAAAGAAAUUGGUCAAAAUUGUUAGACAUACUGAAGUAAUGAUUAUAGAGAGAUUUGGGAAAUACCACAGAACAUUAAAUCCAGGUUUACAUUUUUUAGUUCCUUUUAUAGAUUCACCAAGAUUAAUUCAUUGGAGAUAUUUGGAUUUAGCUGUUGGUGCUAAAAAAGUGCAGGUUAUGAUUCAAGAUACAGAUCGUAUUGACAUGAGAGAACAUGUCAUCACAUUCGGUAGACAACAUGUAAUUACAAAAGAUACCGUACAAAUUAAUAUCGAUGCAUUAAUGUAUAUUCAAAUAGCAGAUGCUAAAGCAGCAGUAUAUAGUGUUCAGAAUUUACCAGAUUCAAUCGAAUUAUUGGCUCAAACCACAUUACGUAAUAUUAUUGCAACAUUAUCAUUGGAUGAUACUUUUUCCUCAAGAGAACAUAUUAACAGUCAAUUAAAAGAACAAACUAUUAAAGAGGCCGAACGUUGGGGUGUAACUAUUACACGUGUCGAGGUUAUGUCCAUUCGUCCACCAAAAGAUAUUAAACAGGCUAUGGAAAUGCAAAUUCAAAAGGAUCGUGAAAAGAGAUCUGCAAUUUUACAUGCCGAGGGCGAAAAGGAAUCACUUAUUGUAAAGAGUAAAGGUUUAGCUGCCAAAGUGGUGUUAUCGUCCGAGUCUGAUAAAACUGUUAGUAUACAAAAUGCAAAGGGUUUUGCAGAGUCCAAACGUCUUAAAAGCCAAGCUGAUGCAGAGGUCAUUAAACUUGUUAGAAAUGGUAUUAAUAACAAAGAUGUUAGCGCUACAGGCUAUUUGAUAAGCUCAAAAUAUUUAGAUCAACUAUCAACUAUUCCAACUGAUGAGACAACCCUUUAUCUUUUACCAGAAACUUCAUUUAAUUUUGCUAAUAACCUUGUAAAUCCACCACCAUCAUUAUUAUCAAAAAAGAAUGAUUAA